AUGCCGACAGUGAGUGUAAAAUGGCAAAAGGAACUGUUUCCAGCUGUGGAAAUUGACACUAGCCAGCCCCCAAUUGUUUUCAAAUGCCAGUUGUAUGACCUAACAGGAGUGCCCCCUGAAAGGCAGAAGAUUAUGGUAAAAGGUGGUUUACUAAAGGAUGACGCAGAUUGGUCUACAUUAGGAGUAAAAGAGGGUCAAAAGUUGAUGAUGAUGGGAACAGCAGGUGAGAUUGUGAAGGCCCCAGAGAAAAGCCCUGUUUUUGUGGAAGACCUUCCAGAAGAAGAACAAGUAGUUUCUUUGGGCCAUUCUGCUGGCUUAUUUAAUCUAGGAAAUACUUGCUACAUGAACUCUACAAUCCAGUGCUUGCAUUCAGUUCCAGAGCUGAAGUCUGCUUUGAUCGAAUAUCCACAUUCUGGUAGAAGCAAUGAUUUGGAUCAGUCUUCUCAUCUAUUAACUGCUGCAACACGGGAUUUAUUCAGUGAGCUUGAUCGAAAUGUGAAGCCAGUGGCACCAAUGCAGUUCUGGCUGGUAUUGCGGAAGAAGUAUCCUCAAUUUGGUCAGCUGCAUAAUGGAUCCUUCAUGCAACAGGAUGCUGAAGAAUGUUGGACACAACUUUUGUACACCCUUUCUCAGUCUCUUAAAUCACCAAGUUCAAGUGAAAAUCCCGAUCCACUCAAGGCACUUUUUGGCAUUGAACUUGUUAGCAGGGUGCAUUGUCCAGAAAGUGGUGAAGAAAGUACAGAGACAGAAUCAAUUUAUUCACUUAAAUGCCACAUAUCACAUGAGGUGAAUCAUUUGCACGAGGGGCUAAGGCAUGGACUGAAAUCAGAAUUGGAAAAGGCUUCUCCUUCUUUGGGGCGCAGUGCUGUUCACUUGAAAGAUUCACGUAUUAAUGGUUUGCCAAGAUACUUGACUAUUCAAUUUGUUCGGUUCUUCUGGAAAAGGGAAUCAAAUCAGAAGGCCAAGAUUCUUCGGAAAGUGGAUUUUCCAUUGGAAUUGGAUGUUUAUGAUCUGUGCUCAGAUGAUCUUCGCAAGAGAUUGGAAGCUCCUCGCCAGAUUCUAAGAGACGAGGAAGGUAAAAAGCUUGGUUUGAAAACCAGUGACAAGAGCUCCAAUCCAAGGGACAGUGAUGUCAAGAUGGCUGAUGCAGAGGGAUCAUCAAAUCGUGAAGAAUCAUCUAAAGGUGUGCAGCCGGACAACAAAAUGCACUUGACUGGAAUAUAUGAUUUGGUUGCUGUGCUGACUCACAAGGGCCGAAGUGCUGAUUCGGGGCAUUAUGUUGGCUGGGUCAAGCAAGAAAGUGGGAAAUGGAUGGAGUUUGAUGAUGAUAAUCCCAUCCCGCAGCGGGAGGAAGACAUCACAAAACUUUCAGGAGGAGGUGAUUGGCAUAUGGCUUACAUAUGCAUGUACAAGGCCCGUGUCAUUCCCAUGUAA